AAGUAUGUAAGUCAUCGAGUUAUUCCCCAAUUUAAAAAGAAGAGCAUAACUGCAGGUAGUAAAUAUAAGAGAGGAGUUGCAGAUGAUACGAUGGUGGGUAAUAUGUACAGGAGAGGAGUGUGUGGGGGGUGUGACAGUGAUCGGUACAUACAGGAGAGGAGUGUGGAGGUAUGACAGUGAUCGGUAUGUACAGGAGAGGAGUGUGGGUGGAGGUAUGACAGUGAUCGGUAUGUACAGGAGAGGAGUGUGGGGGGUAUGACAGUGAUGGGUAUGUACAGGAGAGGAGUGUGGAGGUAUGACAGUGAUAGGUAUGUACAGGAGAGGAGUGUGGAGGUAUGACAGUGAUCUGAGUGUACAGGAGAGGAGUGU